AUGAUAAACCAGUUCCCAGUAUCAACUAAAAAAAUUGAAUUCUUUACUCAUAAUGGUUUCCGGAAAAUCUUGCCCAACGGAUGUACUGCACACCAAGCCUUAGCACCCGUUAUCCUUUUGGGUCAGAUAUUUUCUAUAAUGCCCAUAACAGGGUAUUUCCAUAGUCACGGUCCAUUGGGGUUAAAAUUUAAAAUGAAAAGUAUUCAACUGAUAUAUUCGAGUUUGACUAUGACCUCCGUUUUAUCGAUUGUAAUCAUGUUCCUGAUACAUUCCAUUCAACGAGAAAAAAUUGGUCUGAACAGUGCAGGAACUCUUAUUUACUACAUUGUAAUCCUUACCACAAUGAUAGAGUUUGUGUUACUCGCCUACAACUGGCGCUCGAUUAUGAUACAAUGGACAGAGGCAGAAGCGCCGUUCCUUUAUGGUCCUUAUGCAACGGGAAAGGGUGUACCGCUAGAAUCGUUGGUCAGACGCGUGGCAUUUACCGUGACGUUGUUUGCAUUCCUCGAAGACACAAUGAACUUCCUAUCGGCCUACAAGUUGAAUAAACUGCACAUCAAACAGUGUCCGCACGCGAGCGAUUUUUGGUACAGCUUUUACCACCGCGAACACCCACACAUCGUGCGGCUUAUUCCUUACCAUCCGGCCGUAGGGGUGGUAAUCGAAGCUACGAUGAGGGUCGCAAAGUUCACUUGGAAUUACGGGGACAUGUUUAUUAUGAGCGUGUGUUUGACACUGCAGCGGCGGUUACAGCAGUUUAAUGACGGAUUGGAACGUUUGGCAGGAACCGAACAAUCGCAGGUGCGUUGGCGGCAGGUUCGACUGGACUUCCUGCGGUUGAACGAAUUGAUACGAAUGCUAGAUGAGAAACUGUCGCGAAUCAUUCUGAUGUCGUGUGCUAAUGACAUGUUCUUCAUUUCGGUACAGCUGUACAAUAUUUUCGAUGUUAAACCAACUCUAUUCACCACAUUUUACUACUGGUAUUCAUUACUCUUUCUCAUGGGCCGAUGUGUCCUCAUGUUGUACAUUACUUCUUCAAUCUACGAGGAAUCACUCAAACCACUGCGACUGCUGAGAGCUAUUCCCACGCAAAACUGGAACUUAGAUUUGCAACGCUUAGUUAACCAUGUUUCGUUGAAAAAUAGUGCUUUCUCCGGCAAACGAUUCUUCUACAUUACACGGUCACUAAUACUAGCAAUGGCAGGAACAAUAAUCACCUACGAACUAGUUCUGUUGGACCAAGUGGCAAAAGAUAAAGACAACACAUUAGAUUGUAACUAUUAA